AUGUCUGUAAAGGAGAUGUGUUUGAACAUAGAAGCAGUCCUUCACGAGAGCCCUGCAGAUGUGGCUUCACACCACUCACACCAGAGACAGAAUCAAAUGAAAAAGGAAAACCACUGGAGGAGGAACCAGAGCUCUCCUCUGCUUUCACCCGAGCAGCAGCCACUCGCCUGGACUUGCCCAACCUGGACCUCAGCAACAUAUCUGUGA